AGGGGCGGGCCUCGGGGCAGCGUAGGAAGGGCGGGGACCCGGAUGUGUGUGGUGGCUGCGGCCGAAGAGCUCGUGUGCGGUGCUGAGAGGCCUAUGGAUGAGGAGGACGCGGCGGCCCCGGUUUGUUCUCAUGAACAAGAUGGAUGACCUCAACCUGCACUACCGGUUUCUGAAUUGGCGCAGGAGGAUCCGAGAGAUUCGAGAGGUCCGGGCUUUCCGAUAUCAGGAGAGGUUCAAACACAUCCUUGUAGAUGGAGACACUUUGAGUUACCAUGGAAAUUCUGGUGAAGUUGGCUGCUACGUGGCUUCUCGACCUCUGACCAAGGACAGCAAUUAUUUUGAGGUGUCUAUUGUGGACAGCGGUGUUCGGGGCACCAUCGCUGUGGGGCUGGUCCCUCAGUACUACAGUUUGGAUCACCAACCUGGCUGGUUGCCUGACUCUGUAGCCUACCAUGCUGAUGAUGGCAAGCUGUACAAUGGCAGAGCAAAGGGGCGCCAAUUUGGAUCAAAGUGCAACUCUGGGGACCGGAUCGGCUGUGGCAUUGAACCUGUGUCCUUUGAUGUGCAGACUGCCCAGAUCUUCUUCACCAAAAACGGGAAGCGAGUGGGUUCCACUAUCAUGCCCAUGUCUCCAGAUGGUCUGUUCCCAGCAGUUGGCAUGCACUCCCUGGGUGAGGAGGUACGACUGCACCUCAAUGCUGAGCUGGGCCGUGAAGAUGACAGCGUCAUGAUGGUGGACAGUUACGAAGACGAAUGGGGCCGGCUGCAUGAUGUCAGAGUGUGUGGCACUCUGCUGGAGUACUUGGGGAAAGGCAAGAGCAUCGUGGAUGUGGGGCUGGCCCAGGCCCGGCACCCGCUGAGCACCCGCAGCCACUACUUUGAGGUGGAGAUUGUGGACCCUGGAGAGAAAUGCUACAUCGCCUUGGGGCUGGCCCGGAAGGAUUAUCCCAAGAACAGGCACCCUGGCUGGAGCAGAGGGUCUGUGGCGUACCAUGCAGAUGAUGGGAAGAUCUUCCAUGGCAGUGGGGUGGGGGACCCCUUUGGGCCACGCUGUUACAAAGGGGACAUUAUGGGCUGUGGAAUCAUGUUCCCCCGGGACUACAUUCUGGACAGUGAAGGAGACAGCGAUGACAGUUGUGACACAGUGAUUCUGUCUCCGACUGCUCGGGCUGUCCGCAAUGUCCGAAAUGUAAUGUACCUGCAUCAGGAAGGAGAAGAGGAAGAAGAGGAAGAGGAGGAGGAGGAAGACGGGGAGGAAAUCGAGCAGGAACAUGAGGGCAAGAAGGUGGUGGUUUUCUUCACCCGGAAUGGCAAGAUCAUCGGGAAGAAGGAUGCUGUUGUCCCUUCUGGAGGCUUCUUCCCCACCAUUGGAAUGCUGAGCUGUGGGGAAAAAGUGAAAGUGGACCUGCAUCCCUUGAGUGGUUAGGGGCUCCUCACACCUUCCCCUCUUCCCUCUGUGUCCUCCCUUCUGCCCUCCCCUGGGGUUUUCUCUCCAGCAGGUCAGCCCUGGUUUCGGGGAGCAUCAAUCUUCCCCCUGAUAGCCCAGGCCCUGGUCAGGCUCCACCUUUCUGAGCCAGGGCCCCCUUUAUCCUCGGUCUCUGGGCUCAAGCCUAGAGCCCCUAGUUGGACAGGAUCGGACCCAAAGAACAGUGUUGGUAUAUGGGAGGGUCCCUCUUGUUUUGCUCAGCGGGCACAUGGAUCCCCCUUUCUCUCACUGGCCCUGUGUGAGUAGAGAGGAGUGAGAGACCAUCUCGGCUGCUAUUUGGGCAUGACACUUUGCAGAGGGUGGAGUCGAGGCAGCCUGUCUCCUACUUACCACCCAUUUCCCCCUGAAUUCUCUUUUUCAUUCCCUGUCCUCACUUUGUGAGCCAGUUGCUGCUGUCUCCCCCUGGCUGGGCUAGGGGGUCUGUCUUGGCCAUCUCUCCUUUUACUGGCUGUUGACCAGAGAAGGCUCCUCUAAGAUCUCCAUUACCUCCUUGGAGAGAUGUCCUCCUGCCUGGGCAGGCGCUAUCAUCCCACAGAAAGCCUGCGCCUGGCUCCCCCACCUGUCCGCACAGGGUGUUCAUAUGUGUGUGAGAGGAAGGGGCCAUGUGGUGGCCAGGGACUGCGGCCUUCACUCCCGUCUCCCUGACUGCUCUCCCUUCCGGAGGCCCUGGCUUCCUGGGUGGAGGCUCAGGCACUGGGGCACGCGCCAUGCUGCUGCCGGGUGCCCGGGAGGAGUGGCUCAGCCUCACAUUCCCCUUUCACCUGCCCCAUUCCCCCGGCUUGCUGCUUGUGCCAGUUGCCUGUUUUGCUUCAGUGUUUAAUUCUAGCACUUACGUAGACCCACCCUCCAGCCGUCUUAGCUCCUCCCCUCUGCUCUUCAGCCCGUCCCUUGCACCAGUGAGGGAAGGCAGGCAGGCAGGCAGGCAGGCAGGAGCUGUUGGCCUUGGUUUGCACAGAGUGGGUAGGGCCGUGCGCAAGGUGGGCCCAGUGUUGUCCUGUUGGGGCUUUACUUGGUCUUCCCUUCAGGCCCCGCACUAUGAUGUUUGAAAUGUAUGUACAGAUCAGAGAUGUUUAUACAGCCAAUAAAGAUGGAGUUUCCGUAUUUAUCAGGACAGCCAGAUAGGAAUCCUUUCCCCCAGCGCAGAAGGACAGGGCUAGUGGGUACGGACAGCGGAGGACAGAGUCCCAGGGUAUCUAUGGGUCGCUCUUAUGCCCUCCAGGGGAUGCCCACAGGAAGUGUAGGUAUGCUUCUGAGAGACACAAGCCUUCGAUUUCCCUGUGAAUAAGUAUCAAGUCCUGAAAGUUUAUAGAAAUUCUUUAUUAUUACACAAAAAUAGACUCUC